AUGGAGUCCCUUUCCCGGAAAGAUGCUAUCUGGGAAGCCGCUACAUUCUUUUUCACUUGUUUGGUCUUCGUAGUCCCACUAGUUGUCGUUUUCUUCUUAACUCCGCAGAUCAGCCUAGGAGUGCAAGAAAAGCCCCCAGCAGGCUGCCGCAAGCUGGGCCUUGCUACGAGUAGUAAUCUCGAUGACCAGUAUGAGCAAAGGUACAGGCAGAGCAAUACUCCGGAUAAGGGUGCCGGCGGCUCUCCGAUUGGCAAGGUCAAAGCUCUGUUUGUAUAUCCGAUCAAGAGCUGUUACCCCGUGGAGCUGCUUCAGGGUGAAAUUGUCCGCACAGGCAUCAAGUACGAUCGUCAGUUCUCCUUCGCUCAGCUCAUUAGUGGACAGCCAGAGCUCGAUACCGGCAAGACGAGCCAUACCUGGAAGAUCAUCACGGCGCGUCAGUUUCCGCGUCUCACGAAAGUCAAAACGGAGGCCUGGGUGCCUGAUCCGAAAUCAUCUUCCUACACCAAGAACAAUCUAUGGGCGAAGAGCGAUGGCUGCAUCGUCGUGACCUUCCCGUUCACGCCCGAUAUCACCAUGAGCAGAGAAGGCUUGGCCAACCUCUGGACAGUCAUAAAAGCGAAGCUUGCAGCCGGCAGCUUGACCGCUGAGCCGACUGUAUCAUUUCGCUUACCAUUCGAUCCAACGGCAGAACGUAUCGAGCGCAAAAAGUACACACGCGAGGAAUUGGCCGUCUUCAAGGACUCGCCACAGGCCCUUAACGUGGGGACUGAGAUCGAACCCAAUGUGCUCGCACAGCUGAAGUACUUUCUUGGCGUUAGCAACCCCUUGACUCUCUUCCGUAUCGACAAGCAGAGCUAUAGAGAAGUCCACCGCUGCGCGCCGGGGAAGGAGGAGGUUGGUUAUCAGCCUGUCAUCGGGCUUUCUGAUGGCUAUCCCCUGCACUUGCUCAAUCUAGCCAGCGUCCGAGAUGUCGAAUCACACCUGCCAAUGGAGGGCCCCAAGUCGUUGAACGCAAUCCGCUUCCGCGCCAAUAUCUACAUUACUGGCCCUCCCCCUUUCGCUGAAGAUUCGUGGAAGUUCGUUCGCAUAGGGUCAACAAAGUUCCAAGUCUCCUGCCGCACCGCACGCUGUGUGCUGCCCAAUGUUGACCCUAAGACGGGCGUCAAAGACAACAAUGAGCCACUGAGCACUCUGCGAUCUUAUCGACUUGUUGACGAGGGAGCAGGAGCGAGCCCGUGCCUGGGCAUGCAGAUGACUCCUGUGUCUGCAGAUGGUGGUGAAGUCAGGGUCGGCGAUGAAAUUGAGGUGCUUGAGACUGGCGAGCAUCACUAUAUCAAACCAUGA